GUCUGCGCUAACUUUCACUCUCUUUGCUCCUUUGUUGAUCAGCAUUACAGUAGAGAGAGGAUACAGAUACAGAACGGUGUUACGGGUAUUGCGGAAGGAACAACAAUGGACAUUAUAAUUGAUACUAAAGGUCAAACGGAUUUGGCGACGAGAAAUCAAUUGAUAGAAAGUGACGAAGAUGACAUAGAUUUUGAGAAUACGGAAAAGCGAUCAUCGAAAUUCUUCGACAUAGAAGAAAAUCUGAUCGAGAAUGAAAUUGGAACGAGGAAGGUCAGGCGUAACGUGACUAAGGACAUCGAUCUCGAGGAGUUCGAACGAGAUAUGGGUUGGACGAGAAAGAACAAGAGGAGGAAACCCGUGACCGCUCCAAAAAUAACUAAUUUCAAACAAGAGUUGACGGCGGUAGACAAGAUACUUAAAAAGAGUAUUAUAACACCCGGCUUCGAGCAACUAGAAGUGGUACCCCCGUACGAUUUGAGUAAGAGACAACUGCAAUAUAUGAGGCGCAAGGAGCGUUCCAAGACCAAAGGCAAAGACUGGUUUAAUAUGAGUGCCCCGGAGUUGACGCCAGAGGUGAAACACGAUCUUCAAGUUCUAAGGAUGAGAUCGGUGUUGGAUCCGAAACAUUUCUACAAAAAGAACGAUCUCAAAGCCUUACCGAAGUACUUCCAAAUUGGCAAAGUUAUGGAUUCGCCGUUAGACUAUUAUUCUGGCCGACUUACGAAGAAGGAGCGUAAGAAGACGAUCGUGGACGAACUCAUGGCUGAUGCUCAGUUCGCUAAGUAUAACAAACGUAAAUAUAAGGAGAUCAUCGAAGAAAAACAAAAGACACAUUACAAGGCUCACAGGCAUGCGAAGAAGCUCAAGGGGAAAAAAGGAAAGAAGAAAUGAUGUAUAAUAAACUCGAUUUAAUCAGAAAAAUAUA